AUGAAGAAAAAGGAGGAGGAAAGUUGUCCAUCUUUACAUCAGGCAGCUCUGGAAAGUGCUAAAGUGACAGCUAUAGUGCGUGAUGAUGCUAUGGAAAAGAUGAAAGAGUGGCUAAGUCUGCGGCCACAGUACCAGAGGCCUUGCAGACACCGCCGCCCUGAGCCUCCCGCGCCGCGCACCUUGGUCAAUUCCAUCAUGUUCUUUGACACCGCCAUCCAGGGAGAGUCCUUGGGCUGCAUCUCCUUUGAGCUGUUUGCAGACGAAGUUCUAAAGACAGCAGAAAACUUGCAUGCUCUGAGCACUGGGAAGAAAGGAUUUGGUUACAAAGGUCCCUGUUUUCACAGAAUAAUUCUGGGAUUUAUGUGCCAAGGUGGUGACUUCACAUGCCAUAAUGGCACUGGUGGCAAGUCCAUCUAUGGGGAGAAAUUUCAUGAUGAGAAUUUCAUCCUGAAGCAUGUGGGUCCUGGCACCUUGUCCACUGCAAAUGCUGGCCCCAACACAAACGGUUCCCAGUUUUUCAUCUGCACUGCCAAGACUGAGUGGUUGGAUGGCAAGAGUGUGGUCUUUGGCAAGGUGAAAGAGGGCAAGAAUAUUGUGGAAGCCAUGUGCUUUGGGUUCAGGAAUGGCAAGACCAGCAAGAAGAUCACCAUUGCUUACUGUGGACAAAUUUUAUAA